CAAAAAGUUAAUAAUUCAGAGGGGUUUAGAAAUAAAACAUUUCUAUAUUUUAUAUACAUAAAGAAGAAGACAAAAGCAUACGCAUAUACCAAAAUAUUAACUAGAUAUUUAAUAAUGGCUUUGGAAAAUAUUUGUGGAAUGGAUAAGGUACCGUUUAUGAGAACCUUUGGGGCCCUCACCUCCGAACAGACAAUCGAAGAAAUCCGACUAGCCUCGAGUAACAUGGAUAAUCCUUUCGCCAUAAAGGCUCCACCAUUUGAGAGACCCCGGGAACGUUUGAAUGAACUGGCUGCCCAGAGUAAAGUACGGAUGGAUUUUGAUCACGGAACCACCACGGUGGGCUUUGUUUACCAGGGAGGCAUAAUCCUGUGUGUGGACUCCAGGGCCACAUCGGGGAAAUUUAUUGGAUCCCAGAGCAUGCAGAAAGUGGUGCAGGUGAAUAAGUACAUGCUGAGUACAAUGGCGGGUGGUGCAGCGGAUUGUUCUUACUGGGAUCGGGUUUUGACCAGGGAAUGCCGUCUGCACGAACUUCGCUAUAAGGAGCGGCUAUCUGUCCGAUCUGCUGCCAGAUUUAUUUGCAAUGUGGCUGCGGAAUACAAGGGAAUGGGUCUCUGCAUGGGAAUGAUGUUGGCAGGAUGGUCGCCCGAAGGCCCUACUUUGGUUUACGUGGACUCCGACGGACUGCGCAUCCCCGGAAAGGUUUUUGCCGUGGGCAGUGGGGCCUCCAAUGCCCUGGGAAUUCUGGAUACCGACUACCAAUUUCAUCUCAGCGAUGAAGAUGCCUUCGAACUGGCCUUUCGCGCAGUGUAUCAUGCCACCAUGAGGGAUAUCUUUUCAGGUGGUUUGGUGAGACUAUAUCACAUGGAUCAAAAUAGCUGGAGAAAUGUGGCCAACAAAGAUUGCCAAGAGCUGCACGAAGAGUACUCGAAAGAGUGAGUUUUGGGUACUGAAUCCCUGAUUUAGCAAUGCUGAUAAUUUAUUGAAAGCAUUACUCAGUUUAAAAAUUUAUUUACUAUUUUAAA